AUGAAACUGAACUACACUAAAAUAUUAUUAUUUUUCUUUCCAUUAAAUAUAUUAGUAACAUCAUAUCAUGCAUAUAAUAAAAAUAAACCAUACCUCAAAACACGUCAUACGCCAAGAUAUACAUCACGAGUAUUAAGCGAAUGUGACAUCCGAUCGUCAAUUUAUGAUAAUGAUGCGGAGAUGAAAUCAGUGAAGGGAACUUUCGAUCGACAAACAUCACAACGUUUUGAAGAAUACCAAGAACGUAUUAAAGAUAAACGCCAAAAACGUAAAGAAGAACGUGACAAAAAUAUACAAGAAAUUAUUGAAAAAGAUAAAAUGGACAAAUCAUUAGCAGAAAAAGUAGAAACAGGUUGUCUUAAAUGUGGGUGUGGUCUAGGAGGUGUUGCAGCAGGUGUUGGAAUAAUUGGUGGGAUUGCUAUAAAUAUCUGGAAACCUACGGCACUUGAUGCUGCUAUUGAAGCAGCUAUAGCUAAGAGUGCUGCUAAGGGUGCUACGGCAUUUAAGAGCGCAGUCAUUGAAGGAAUAGAAAAAGAAUUUGGUGUAUCAAUUCUACGUGUUCAUCGAUUUGAAUCAUUUAUUGAUGUAGAAAAUUAUAUGAAAGUGUCUGUCAUUUCUGAAAAAGUUUAUUCUCAUUAUAACACGACAUGUAUACCAUCUGGCUCUGUCCAUCUUCCUAGCGUUAGUGAUCCUAUUUGCACGUUGGUAUCGAAAAAAUUACCUCAUGCAAGCCAAGGUUCAUCGAGAACAGUUAUAGAAUCGACUGUAAAAACUGUGGUAUCAGAGGCCGAAGUUUCUGCUGGAAUGGCUGUAAAAAAGGCUACUGAUGAAGCUAUACAAAGAAGCAUAGGUGUAGUAGACGCUAAAUAUGCUAUUUGUCAGACUGCUAUAAUUGCUUCUGUUGUUGCAAUAUUAAUUAUAGUUUUAGUUAUGAUAAUAAUUUAUUUAGUUUUACGUUAUCGUAGAAAAAAAAAAAUGAAUAAAAAACUACAAUACACAAAAUUAUUAAAUCAAUAA